AGAUUUAUUUUUUUAUUUUAUUGUAUUUUUUUAUCGUGUCACAUUGUGUCACCAAUUUUUGCCAGUAAGACGCAUAAUUUAUUGUAGCUAUAGGAUUGCUACUUUAUCACAUUUGUUUUGAUAUCCACUAAAAAUAAAGAGAACUAUAAGGGGCAGAAACCUUGCAAGAACCAGGUUCAUCAUUGGCAAGUGCUCAUUUAAAGGGAUUAGGGCCGUAACCAUCGGGAAUAUCAUAAAUAAUAGUGAAGCCUCCUCCCUGUCUGACCCUCCCCUUCCACCCUUAUGUCCCAAAAUACACCCCGAACCUGUUGCUCCCUAACAGAGGGGACCCAGACUGUGGCGGUGUGAGUGGGGGCAGUGGGGGUGUAGCAUAGAGGAAAUGCAGAGUAGGUGGCUGAUGAUGGAACCAAACCUUUGGUCGGAGCACUAUGAAAGGUUGGUGCACACUUUGAGAACUUGAUCUGUCCGUCAAGUACGUAAUCUGUUUGGCCUAGAUGACACUAUGCUCGAGUUUUCCAGGACUUAAAAAUAACAACUGCUCUCGCUGAGACCAGAGGAUAGGAGCCGGUGAAAGAACACGCAUGUUGAGAGGAGGCUGGGGCGUAUAACAGAGUGUUGCUGGAUGUCUAAUAUUCCAAGAUUUAUUAAGGGGCCAUAAUGUCAGUGGUCAGGUUACUGAAGGACUGAGAGGAAAAGAAGAAAACAUAAGAGACUCCAUUGAGAAGAUACUGUUAGAGUUGAAUAUUGCGCUGCUGCUUUGAACAACCAUGGAUGAAGCAACAAAGGAAACAAUGGUCAGCGAGGCUCUGGUCCGUUUUGAGGCCACACUGCAAGCAGCGGUGAAGGAGGUACACGUUGAUAUCAGCGCAUUCAAGCAGCGAAUCGAGCAACGGAUUCAGGAGACGUGCUCCACCAGCGGACCCUUGGCUGAGGCGGUCACCAGACUCCAAGAAGAAAAUCAGCAGCUGAAGGUGAAGAUAGAGGCACUCAGCGUCCUAGUGGAGGGUCUCACCGUGGCCAAGAAGAGCCAGGAGGAAAGUGUGGAGAACGGACAAGCAAAGGCCAGCGAUAAGGCAGAAGGCGGAAGAUCGGAUGGCGAAUCGACUUCCCCGGAACCACUGGGGUCAAGUUCAGGAGCAAGACAGAGCAGCACUCCGGCUCCUCCUCCGUGGAGAGCCAGGAGGCAUGUGGAGUUUAAUGGCACCGAGGCAAAAGGAGACAAACACAGCAGCUCGACUGCACAGUGCAACAAACAGCAAGGACAUUUGGUGCCAGAACCAGCCGAAAGUAUUCUCUUACCUCACCUUCCUCUCACUGCCGGCACCAAGCCCAGCUCAGAAUCAUGCGCUCCCCCUUUGUCACACACGGAUGUUCCUCAAAAACCAGUUCCAGGUCUGGAAGAAGACAGUGAUCUCACUAAACCUCACCUCCCUCUCACUGCAAUGACUAAAACCGAAGCGUCGGCUGCUCCCCAGUCGCCAGCUUUGGCUGCCAAAAUCGCUAAAACAUCUCCACCUCGACCCAUGGAGCCUGUAACUACGAGUGCUGAGGAACCCCUGCCUCACCUCCCUGUCACCUCCAUGACAACCAAGCCUGACCUGUCUCCUGCACCUGUGCCCAAAGCGGCUGCUCUCGCCGCUGAGGCAUCACCUGCAGUGGACCGAGAUCACUCUCCGAAAAAAGAUCCCACCGCUGCACCUCUACUGAACCAAAUGGAGCCCCAGCCAGUUAAAAAGGGAGAGUAUCCAUUCAGACAAAAAAGUGAGUCAAAGCCGGCCUUGACACCAAACACAGACUCUUCACUAUCUCAAACCUCAAGUCCUGCAGCUGCUCAGGAUCCUGCUGUGAAACCUGGAGAGUAUCCCUUUAAGAGAGUUCCUGUCCUCAAGACCCCGAGUCCCAUUCUGAAGAGAAGUGUCAGCUUUCCUCAGUCUGCAGAGAAGUUGCUUCCAUCCAAGUCGAUCAUUAAAUCUGGAUUCUCACCUAAUUUGGAGAAAAAGACCAGCAAAGCUGUCGGUGUGGAGUUCAAGCAAGAGGUGAUGAAGUCUUCGACCCUUCCUCGCUCCACCGGCGCCCAGGCCAAGCGGGCUCUUUUUGAGAGGAUGAACUCAGAGCCCAUAAAAUCCUGUCUGCGCAGACCGAAGGAUUCCAAACCGAAGCUGAAGCGAUCUCAGAGUUUUGGGGUUUCCAGUGCCAGUGGUAUUAAAGCCAUUCUGCUCGAGUGGUGUCGCUCCAAAACCAUCGGCUAUAAGAACAUCGACAUCCAGAACUUCUCCUCCAGCUGGAGUGAUGGGAUGGCCUUCUGUGCCCUGGUCCACUCCUUCUUCCCGCUGGAGUUUGAUUACAACGCACUGAAUCCUGCGAACCGGAGACAAAAUCUGUCCCUGGCCUUCACCACCGCAGAGGCCCAGGCCGACUGUCUUCGCCUGAUAGAGGUGGAAGACAUGUUGGAGAUGGGGGACAAACCGGACCCUAUGUGCGUGUUCACAUACGUCCAGUCUCUCUACAACCACCUGAAGACGUUCGAGUAACUCUGUAUCAGAGUAUGAAUCUCCAGACACUGAUUUUUGCUCAGAAUCUGCUGGUUUAAAUAAACACCUUCAUACCUACUGUGGUUUUACGCUUUAAGAGUAAUAUAAGUCAACUAUCUGUUGUGCGUUUUAUAUUAGUGUUU